AUACGUGUCCCUCGGCUCUUCUUCUUUCCAUCCUGCCUGAGACUUUACGCCACUCUAUUCCAUAGAAUUACCCAUUAGAAUAUUUUCCCAGAAAACACUCGUUGUAUGGUUGAUCUCAAAUUAGCCUCUGGUAUCAAGUUGGGUUGAUUUGAGACUGUUUUCGACUCCUUCUGUUUGGAAGCCACUGGGAUGAAGCAGAACCAGAAUGCAGAAACCCAGAUAGAUACCGAGUUAUUUCAUUACCGAAUAAAACAUACCGACUUUGGUCUUAAACAAGUGGCAAGUUAUCCAAGGGAUCAAUCAUUACUCAUAACUUGCAGCUAGGCAGAGCUGUUAAGGCAUCUUCAUAAAUACAAUGAGUCUCUUGUUCAGUCCAAGGGUGGAAUGCUUAGAGGGAGAGCUGAAAAAGGAUCCAGGAUUCAUGGACUCGCUUAUGCAUAACCCAUUGCAUUUGCAGCAGCUGAAUUCCCCAUUAAUACAAUAUCGGUCUGCUCCAAGCUCUUUCUUCGAGUGUUUGGUCAAUGGCAGUGGUUGUGACAUCAAAUGUGAGGAUUACAGCUAUCUUUGUCCUAUGAGCCCUGAAAUGGAUGAUACCAUUGUCGAACUCAUGUCCAUUGAUGGUUUUGAAUCUAAUGAUAUGCAAGAGGAUGGCCAGAGAUCGGUAAAGCAAGAGUGGGAAGUUGUUUUCAGGAAUACUAUAACUCAGGCCAUGGAUGGUUCUUCACCAGUGCACUGCGAUCUGGAUCAUGAAAUUUCAGCAAAUUCUAAUGGAUUUGUGAGCUUCUUUGAUGAAGCAAAUUCCAUGGUUUUGCAGAGUAAUGCCCCAGCAGAAUUGGGUGGCGGAAAUCGCUCCAGUCUUUUCAGGCAGAGUAGCUCCCCUGCUGGUUUCACUUCGAACAUUGCUGUCGAAAUUGGCUUUGGUGCUAGAGGAGAUGCUCAGAAUCUUGAAACACGUAAAGGAGAUGGUUCUUUUUGUAGCAAAUCCAAAUCAAAAGAUCAAACAGAUUUGAGGUCCACAUCAAUUUCAACCUCGAGGCAUAUGUCUCAGAUUGCUGAAAUGGAGAAUGAGAACAAACUAGAUUGUAUCAGAAAAUCCUGGAAAAAUACCACAUUCAACGGCCUGAAGAGAGUCAGAGAGGAGGAUGCAAACUUGUCUUCCAGCAUAUACACUCUGGAAAAUCAGGAUGACGUGACCCGAAACAGGACGCAUGGGUUGACUCACCAUUUGAGCUUGCCCAAGACUUCGGCUGAAAUGGCUGCUGUGGCAAAUAUUUUGCAUCAUCAAGAUUCUGUUCCUUGUAAAAUUCGUGCAAAACGAGGUUGUGCCACCCACCCAAGAAGCAUAGCUGAGAGAGUGAGAAGAGGGCGCAUCAGUGAAAGAAUGAGAAAAUUGCAAGAUCGUUUCCCAAACUUUGACAAGCAAACGAGCACAGCAGAUAUGCUGGAUAUGGCAGUUGUGUACAUUAAAGACCUUCAGGAACAGGUCAAGUUGCUUAAUGAAAGAAAGGCGAAGUGCAUGUGUUCAAGUAAAUAAUACUAAGAACGCUCUUCUGGUACUUUUCUGCCCGUUCUGCUUCUCCAAAUUACCAAAUGGGAAACCUCUCACUCUCGGCUCCACAUGCUCCAAAUUCACUUUGUGAAAGUGGCAAACACAAUCAAUUGGUGCAUUAACAUGAAUCUACUAGAGCUGAAGUUCUUCCAAUUGAAGAGGCAUGUUUCAGAGAUUGUGCCAGACAUGUGGGUGCAGGCAGGAGGACAAGGUGGCUGCGCAAACUUGGCUUCAAAAUUUUUGAAUGUACGCUUUUCGAGAGCACUUUGCCUUGUAUCAUAAUUGACGACGAAUGGAAAGUAAUUGCUUUCACUGGAAACGUUGUCUGGUGGAAUGAAUCGUAGGAGUUAUUCCAUUUAAAUGAGUUGGUAGGAGUGACGGUAGUAGCAGUCUUAACAACUUCAGCUCUUAAUUUACAGCAAUAGGAUGACCUCCCACAUUUAUCAUCUGACACUGUAUAAGCCAUGCCAAUUAGCUUUUGUAUACAACAAGCGCAAGUACUCGAUUUUCUAUUAUAUCUGGCACAAUUGAUUAUAA